AUGCCUUCUUUGGGCCCGUGCCCCUUGGAGCUGUAUGUACGGACCCCACUGAAAGCGAUUCUCAGUGGUGAGCAUUCGGUUGUCUACGGUCAUCCCUGUAUCGCUAUGGCACUGGAUUUGUACACAAGUGGGCAUGCACGCGUAGCAAAAGAUCCCACUUGCCCGUCAAGCCUCCCUUUCCCUACACUUUUAGAUAUUAGAACAGGUGAGCGACUAGAUCUUAGUAGUUCGAUGACAGAAGCCAUUCGCCUAAUUAACGAGGAGGUUCUUACUAGACUACCUACAAUCAAACGGUCAGAUGCUGCGUGUCAUCACUGUGAAUUUGUAGAAAUCGCAGUCCAUGGGUGGACUCUCGGUAAAGGACUAGGCUCUUCUGCAAGUAUCCUUGUGACGCACACCGCCCUUCUCUUAGCCGCAAGUUCUAAUUAUUCUCCCUCCAUGUUAUUUGAUAUCGCCUUGCUGGGUGAGAGACAUAUACACGGAAGGACCACUGGCAUGGAUCUGAAGACCGUCAUUUAUGGGGGCAUCCAGAUCUACAGCCACGGUGCAUUAUGCAACGCUAAGAUAUCUCCAGACAUUUUCGCCGCUCGUAUGAUUCAAGUUCUUAUUGCAGAUUCUGGUAUCGCAAAGUCCACAGCACAGGCCGUAGAGUUAGUAAGCCAAGGAGAAAACAACGACACGUUGGCACACAUAGGAGAGACUUCGAAAGACCUCAUUGAGCUGCUCUUGACUGCCAGUACCCCGGGUAAAAUAAGCAAUGACUCAUUCUACUUAACGCUCUCCGCUCUUGUUCAGCGAAACCACGAUCUUUUAUGCUCAUUGGGUGUUAGUGUGCCAGAAACAGAGCGCUCAAAGGAACUGCUCUACCACAUGGGGUGCUUCACUGCAAAGCUCACGGGUGCUGGGUUAGGUGGCUGCUGCAUCGGUUUCCGAACGCAGCAUAACCUAGUAGUGGACAGCCCUGACAGACACGUAAUAGCAGUCGGUAUAGGAGAGGGUUUAUUGAUGACUGACACACCCCAGUAG